AUGGCUGAGUGGACUCCUGCCCAGGCUUGGGAAUGGGACGUGGAGCCCCAGCACCUGGCGCCCUUCCAGCCCCCUGCCCUCUUCGAGCAGACUGCUGAGCGGGAGAUCUACCCGACGGCCGAGAUCUCCCUGUGGACGGUGGUGGCCGCCAUCCAGGCGGUGGAGCGGAAGGUGGACUCCUACGCCACGCGGCUGCUCAACCUGGAGGGGAGGACGGCCACGGCCGAGAAGAAGAUCUUCGAGUGCGAGAAGACGGAGCUGGAGUUCAGCAACCACGUGGCCGCCCUGGGGACCCUCAUCCAGGAGUACGGCCUGCUCCAGAGGAGGCUGGAGAACAUGGAGAACCUGCUCAAGAACCGGAACUUCUGGAUCCUCAGGCUGCCCCUGGGCCCCAGGGGAGAGGCCCCCAAGGUCCCGGUGACUUUUGACGACAGCGCGGUCAGCUUCUCGGCACCGGAAUGGGCCCGCCUGGAGGAGUGGCAGAAGGAGCUGUACAGGAACAUCACCAAAGGCCACUACGAGCCGCUGGUCUCUUUGGACUCUGCCCUUUGCAAAGCCGGCGGCCUCCCUACGGCAGAACGAGCGGAAGCGGCCCACGCCGUCAAUCAGGAUUUCCUGGAGGACAGGGCCUUCCCCACAGAGGUCAGAACAGGCUCUGCAGUGCCACAGAGAGGUGCUGGGGUCCAACCCUGCCUGGAAGCCACCUCCUCCAACCCUGAGUCCCUCGCUCCUAACCCCAGAAGAGAGUGUGCUGACUAUGCGUUCCCUGAAGCAGAGUCUUUGGCUUCCAAGGAGGAUCUGUUGUCCUGGAUUAAGCAAGAAGAGCCUCCUGAGAAAGGCAAGUGGGACCCGGAGAGGGAGAUCCCCCCGGUUCUCGGCUACGAUGACGGCACCAUGGUCAAAAGCGAGGAGCAGAAUCCCGGAGCGGGUCCCAGAGUCCUCCUGCCGAGCCACGGGAUGCUGCCUGGGGAAGACGUCUUCCCAGCCCCCAAGCCCGAAGUGAACGGCGAGAGGCAGCCGACGGCCCCUCCUGCCCAGCGGCUGGAGGAGCCCCCCCAGGGCGACAGAGGGUGCCGCGAGCCGGAGGUGGCCCAGCCGGAAGCCUGCCUCAAAGCGGAGCCCUUCCAGUGCGGCAAGUGCCGAGAAGGCUUUGCCUGCGAGCAGCAGUUUUCCUUGCACCAGAGGCUUCAUGCGGGAGAGGAGAUGUACGGGGAGAGCGUUCUGCCGACGUCCCUCGAACCUGGUGCCCAGCAGCUACCGGACCCCUACGCGUGUGCAGACUACAAAGGCGGCUUUGGCGAGGUGCCGUUCUCCCAGACGGCGGGGAGGCCGUACGUCUGCCCCCUCUGCCCCAAGAGUUUCCGGCUCAAGACCAGCUUGUUGAUCCACCAGAAGACGCACACCGUGGGGAAAGGCGAGAGCGCCUUCGUGUGUCCCGAGUGCGGGUGUGGCUUCAGCCACCAGGGCCAGCUCACCCGGCACCAGGCCAUCCACGCCGACCGGCCGCACCAGUGCUCGGAGUGCCACAAGGCCUUCAACCGCAAAUCCAGCUUGGUGGUCCACCUGAAAACCCACCGCGAGAGACCCCGCCCCUUCCAGUGCCCGCAGUGCCACAAGACCUUCAUCCGCAAGCAGCACCUGGACGACCACACCCGGACCCACACCGGCGAGAAGCCCUACCAGUGCCCCGAGUGCGAGAAGCGCUUUGCCGAGAAGUCCAAGCUGACCAACCACUACCGGAUCCACACCGGCGAGCGGCCGUACCGCUGCGGACAGUGCGACAAGCGCUUCGUGCGCGCGCACCACCUGGUCAAGCACCAGAGCAGCGUCCACCAGGCCGGGGCAAAGGUCUACUCGUGCCGGGAGUGCGGGCAGAGCUUCAGCCACGCCCAGGCCUUCGUCAGCCACCAGGCCAGCCACGCCAACGGGGAGAGGCGGCACCGCUGCAGCGAGUGCCUCAAGACCUUUGCCCGCAGGAAGUACCUGCUGGAGCACCAGCGCAUGCACACGGGGGAGAACCCCUACGCCUGCCCGUACUGCGGCAAGCGCUUCCGCUACAAGCAGUCCCUCAAACAGCACCUGCGCGUGCACGGCGACCAGCUGCCCCCCGCGCCCAGUGUGGAGCAGGGCCCAGCGCUCGGCAGCACGGCCGAGAAACCGCCUCUCCCUCCGGCCAACCCUUCCAGCGGCACCUGAAGACAGGCCCGUGAGGAUUACAGCGCCCCCGCCCCCUUUACAGAC